CGUCAUCCAGGGCGACAGCUACUGAAGCCACGCUGCCACCCCGCAUUGUAGCGACUGCUGCACGAGAGGAAGACUGGUUGGGGUAAAGAAGGAGUUUCAACGGGGCUUGAACGUAUUUCGGGUUUUGGAGGCGCACUUUAUACAUGUAGAGAAAGACAAAUCUGCCAUUUACUGUAACGUUUAAAUGGAUGUGAAAGAGGAGACGUGUGAGGCUGACAUGAAUAUCAUGGAGGCGAGGACCAUAAAUGUUAAGGAGGAGGACUGUGAGUGGGAGAGUGUCCACCCCAAACAGGAGAGUCUGGACAUCAAGGAAGAGGACAGUGAACUGGGGUCAGUGAGUAUUAAAGAGGAGUGUGUCAGCACUGAGGGUGUCAAAGAAGAUGACCUUCAUUAUGGACAUCAAGAUGGAGCAGUGACCGGGUUAGUCUCUUCUCAUAGCAGACACUCUUCAUCUCCGGAGUCUUCUAUCAAUGUAAUGUAUGAAUCAUUACAGUCUGACACAAAGGGGACUGAAGAUCAGCCACCACCGAAGACAUCAGCUGAAGCAAGUAUCAAACUUCACUGCUGUUGCGAGUGUGGCAAACUCUUUCCUGACAUGAGUAAACUUCAGAGCCACCAAAGAAUUCACACAGGUGAGAAGCCAUACUGCUGCCAUGAAUGUGGAAAGCAGUUCUCUAACAUUAAUAAUCUUCAGAAACAUGUUAAAACUCACGCAGAACAGAAGGCAUAUUGCUGCUCUGAAUGUGGCAAAAAGUUUUCACGGACAAGCGAUCUUCAGAACCACCAAAGGAUACACACAGGGGAGAAGCCAUAUGCCUGUUCUGAAUGUGGUAAACAGUUUUCAAAAAGGAGCAAUUUUCACCGCCACAAAGUAAUCCACACGGGACAGAAGCCAUAUUGCUGUUCUGAAUGUGGUAAGCAGUUUUCAGAAAGAAGCAAUUUUCAACGCCACAAACAAAUUCAUACAGGACAGAAGCCAUAUUGCUGUUCUGAAUGUGGCAAAACGUUUUUACGGAGAAGCGAUGUUCAGAGUCACCAAAGAAGUCACAGAAGGGAGAAGCCAUAUGAGUGCUCUGAAUGUGGUAAGAAUUUCUCACAGGGUAGUGCUCUUCAGAGACACCAAAGAAUCCACACAGGACAAAAGCCGUAUUGCUGCCCUGAAUGUGGUAAAACGUUUUCACGGAGAGGCCAUCUUCAGAACCACCAAAUAAUUCACACAGGGGAGAAGCCGUAUGACUGCUCCGAAUGUGGCAAAAAGUUUUCGCAGAAAGGCCAUCUUCAGAGACACCAAAGAAUUCACACAGGAGUCAAGCUGUAUUGCUGCCCUGAAUGUGGAAAACAAUUAUCUUCCCGUAGUUAUCUUCAGACCCACAUUAAAAUCCACACAGGUGAGAAGCAGUUUUUCUGUUUUGAAUGUGGCAAGGAGUUUUUACACAGAAGCUGUCUUCAGAGACAUGAAAGAAUUCACAUAAUUGACAAACUCCCCAACCUUGUCCACAGAUGAACACCGCAUAAUAUGUUAAGGAGUAGAAAAAGUUUGAUGAAAACGCAAAAGAAUAAAUUAAUGUAAUGUGGUAAGUACAACAGCCUCAUGUAGGCACAGAACUUUACCCAUGCAUGCCUUAUGACGGGCGAACUGUGACCAGAAGGUGAAGGCCUAAUCAUAGGUGCACAAAAGAGUGGCUUGGACAGGUGGUUCAGAUAAGAAUUAGAAAAAAAUUGCAAAAAAUAAUCCGAAAAUGUCCCUUCUACUAAAGAGAACUGGAAAAAGUCAAAUGUCUGCUUGCUGGGUUCAAGGUACCGAUCGCUGAAGGGUUAGGGAAAGUCACUGGGACCACAACUCGGACUGCACAAUGGAAAAUGAGAAAUGAGGAGGUGCAGGUCACUUGUAGCACAGCAAUACUGACUGACUGAAAAAUAGAGGAUAGAAAACCAGUAUCGGUUCCUGGCGAGUACUCGGUCCUAAGAAUGGAGAGGCAAGAGAGUAACAAAAUACCAAGAAAUGCAGUCUGAGAUGUGACAAAUGAAAUGUGGGAUGAAAGAAAAAAAAAAAAACAAACAAAACAACAGUUCUAGGAUCAACAGGCCUGAUAAAGAAUAACUUUUAGAGCCAUCAAAUUAGUAUAACUUCUUACGACCUACAAAAGUAUCUUUAUUAGGAACAAUGCAGGUUCUAAAUUGAGUCUGUGGGAAACUUAAGAGCAGCGUUUCCCAAACUCGGUCCUGGGGAACCCCGUGGCUGCAGGUUUUUGUUCCAACCAGAUUCCUAAU